GUGCAUAGAAACACUCGAUGGCAUACAGGUUGACGAUAAUACAAGACCUAUUCUGACGGUGUCCCAACUGUGGUUGUGGAGAUCUGGGGAGGAUAUUUUAACUGCUUAUUCGGAAGAGGAAUCAGAGAGCUUUGAGGAUAUAGUCAAGGAAACGAGGACGUUGAAUUCACCAGAACAUUCUAUAUUUCAGGCUGGGCAUAUUAUAGCCCAUCACCUUCAGAAAUUCAACAAACCACAAGCCGGUGGAAAGUUUCCAUCGCCCCUUGAUAUUUUUGAGGUUAGCGUAGUCCGAAUCUUAUCAGACGUUGAGGCAUAUACGGAUCCAAACAAGCAAUUGCUGCCCGAGGAUAUUGAGAAAGAGCGCGGUUUUAUACAUAGAAUUGCCGACGUUAGAGAGGAACUGGUUAUGAUACGGGAAAUAUUGGAUCAACAAAAGGAAAUUCUGCGUGAUUUCAUUCAGGAUGUUGAGCGUCAAGAAUUAGAUGCUAUUUUAGAUGGCGCUCCGACAAACUCGGACUUCAGAAGUUGGGUGGGGUUGAAAUCAUCCGCAGAAGACAUUGAUCUGUUCCAGAAACGGGUUGCCAAGAUUGAUAGAGACGCAGAGAGGAUCGAGAACUUGAUUCAGAAUCAGCUAAACGUGAAGCGGACAUACGCCAGUAUAAGGGACGCUCGCACCGGGUUGAUUCUCAGCGCAGCUGUUAUUGGAUUUACAGUUAUCACGAUUAUAUUCGCGCCACUGGCCUUCAUGACAAGUCUAUUCGCUCUACCCCUCGAGGGUCUCCUGAAAAAUCAAUACCAACUCGACAGAGGAAACGGAAGAGAUCCGAUCACCGCGUACACCACGAAGUACGUUGCGGCGUGGUUUGUUGUGGCAGAGGUUGUAUCGUUGGUUGUCACUGGUUUCCUAGUAGUGCUGUGCCUCUGGUAUUUUGGCGUUCUCAAGAAUUUAUCCAUGGUACGAGAAAACCAUUCCAACAAAAAAAAGGUGGCAGAUGAUCGCAAGCACUCCAAGAACAGGUCGAGUAGAGUGGAUAAGACGACUAGGUCAGUCGGAGAGAAGAAGUCGGGAUCGGGUCAGGAGAAGACGGGUAUGAGAAGAAGGAUCACGGAACUUUGGAAUCGUCAAAAGCAGGGUCAAUCGGGUCUGGUAUAAGGAGGUUUUUUAAUGAUGUCCUGUGUCGUGAUUCGGUACCUUUUAGUUGGGACAAAGCUGGUUUGAGCGAGGUGCAAUCGUAUUGGUAGUGAGAUGGAGUAGGUUGAUCAAUCUAGUAUUCAGAUGAUUUCAUGUAAAUUAGUUUCCUAUUUUCCGUCCCUUUUCGCGCUUGAUGAGGUUUUGGCUCACGAUUCAACACAGCAUCAUAGCUACACAUAUUAAAUUAUAGCACGCUCAUUUUCACACA